AUGGUGCCUAUUACUUACCGUCCAACUCAUGACAGGACAAUCCCAUCACCUGAUCAAGUCAUCGCUACUGAGAGCAAAAACAUUCUAUUGCGCCACUUUUAUCAACACGGAGCAGACAAGAUGAAAACCAAAAGGGCUUCGCCUGAAAGUCCCGAUCCCGAGCCCGCAUCCAAAGUCCCGAGGGCUUGUGCUAAUAAUGACACCACAAACACCUAUAAUGAUACCUAA